GGUAGGCCGAUUGGUGAGACAAUCCGCUAGGCUUCACCCCUCAAUGCCUUCGGGUGGUGGUCUGCUGAAAACUGCUCCAAUAUGUGAAGUGCAUCUUGACUUGGUACGAGUUACGUCAGGGCAGGUGUAUAAGUUGAGGAGUCCUAGUGCAAAAUACUUGGCCUCCUUGUCAACUUAUGAUUCCUCCAACCCAACUAAAGAUUGGGGCUUCCCAGAAUUGUCAAUUGAUGGGAAAAUCCAAGCCCCACCCGGAUCGGGUGGAAACUGUGAAGUGAAGAUGAUAAAGGGUGCCCCCGUUCACAAGGAUUUGCCUUCAUUGCCAGGUCAACUCUGUGCAUCUAAUAAUGAUGUUUACAUGUACUUCCGUGGCAGUGGCAAAGCAGCAGAGAUGAAGCGUGAGGCUGCAAAACGGACAAUGAUGGCUGCGCUGCCAUGAUUCAGAAAGAUUCUUUGGUUUGAUAAUGCUGAGAGAAAUCGAAACAUUCACUAUUUUUUUGCACUUG